UGGUGUUGUUCGUCGCCGGCCCGUCCCCGUUGCUGGUGGCCGACUAUUAAAUAAAAGCCAAAAAGAAACCAAUUGUAACCACAACGGUCGGAGAAUCUAUUGUCUGAUGUGGAAGCAGAUUCAGGGGUCAAGAAUGGCAACGGCCGCUUCGAACGAGGACUCGAAGUUUGUAUUCCGCAUAGCCGGAGCCGGGAAAAAGGCAAAGGGCGCAUAUGGACGAGACAAAGCAACCAGUUCCUGUUUCACACCUUCUCCCCCUUCACCAUUCAAGCAAAACCCAACCCCGCGGUUCGGUACUGAGAAGUUUAUUGUUCAAGGAGACAAUCUCUCAGCAUUUGCAACGUUAUCACAACCGCUAAUAGGACUGCACACGAUCAAGACUCGGACCUCUCAACUCUCCAGCUUGAUACUGUUUUCCCCAACCGAAAAAA